CACAAACAGGAAGAAAACAGGCAGCGCUCAGGCUAACGUAGCGUUCGGUGUAGCAUUAGCACAGGAAUGAAACGGCUUUGAGGGUCGGGGGUAAGAACGCGGUGCUCUAUCAUGCUGUGUCCGGAGGAGUGACUGGAUCGACUGGUACUCGCGGAAUUGCAAUUCUGUUCGACUUUCCUCCGGUGCGAGUGUUGAAACAAGGUGUGAAUGAGUGACGUGGUGCCUCCCACAGCUCUCAGUGAAGUCCAGCUCCGCUUCCUCUGCCACGAUGACAUAGAGAAUGUCAAGCUGCUCUGUGGUGAUUGGUUUCCAAUCGAGUACCCAGACUCAUGGUAUCAAGACAUCACCUCCAACAAGAAAUUCUUCUCCCUCGCUGCCACCUUCAGAGGGGGCAUCGUGGGAAUGAUUGUGGCCGAGAUCAAAGGCCGAACCAAAGUACACAAAGAGGAUGGAGACAUCCUGGCCUCCAGUUUUCCUGUGGACACACAGGUAGCUUACAUCCUCAGCCUGGGAGUGGUCAAAGAGUUCAGGAAACAUGGCAUAGGCUCCUUACUGCUGGACAGUUUGAAGGAGCACAUCUCAACGACAGCCCAGGAUCAUUGUAAGGCAAUCUACCUACACGUCCUCACCACCAACAACACUGCCAUCCACUUCUAUGAGAACAGGGACUUCAGGCAGCACCACUACCUGCCCUACUACUACUCUAUACGAGGCGUCCUCAAAGAUGGAUUCACAUAUGUGCUCUACAUCAACGGGGGUCACCCGCCCUGGACAAUAUUUGACUACAUCCAGCACAUCGGUUCAACCCUGGCCAGCCUGAGCCCCUGCUCCAUCCCUCAGAGGCUGUACCGACAGGCCCAGUCCCUGCUGCGCUCUCUGCUCCCCUGGUCCAACAUCGCCUCCAAGACCGGCAUACAGUACAGCAGAACAAUGUGACCCGACAUGGAGUGCAGCUGUUCUGAUUCUCGUCAGUCUUCCCCUGUACACACCAAGAUGUACAUGCACACUCACAUUCUCAGUCUCGUACAGCUUUCCACACUGUGUGUGUGACACAAGACUCAGGUUCAACCUGCGUUCGACCGUUCACAUGCCAGAAUAUUACUCUCAAUGAAAUACACAUUUAAGCACUGUUCACAAGAUUCGGGUUUGCAGGGUUGUUGCUUUGCAACAUCAUUAAAAGUGCAAUGUUGUGUUCACACUGACAGAGGGUGUGAUCUGGUAAAACCACAGGAUUUUUUUUUAGUUCCUCAGUUACUAUACUAGCCCAUAAAUAUAUAUCUAUAUACAUAUAUAUAUAUAUACACACACAUUACACCAUCCCAUAGUUAUUCUAAAUGUAACCUGUGUUCACCCAGUCAUUCCAAAGCCAAGCAGUGUCACACCCGCUUUCAAGCCAGUCAGCAGAGCAGAGCGGAGGACUUGGUUCAGAUAUGUACACAAAUGGCAAACACAGGUUGUAGUUUUGGUGUGAAAGGGGUUUAAUAGACACACUGGGAACCGUACGGAGACUUAAGGUUCAACCCUGCCUAUCUUUGUCUCCCCUCAUCCUGUCCACUACUGUCAGAGACGAUGUAUACUGUUUGUAUAUUAUAUAUACUAAGCUAAUAUAUAAAUUUCUCUCAAUAUGUAUGUCUAUUCUAUGCUGUUCGUAGGCCUAGUUGGAAGGUAUCCCAUCCUUGUCCCUUUUUUUUGAAUAUCAACUGAAUUCAGAGUCAAUGCCAGUUUGUAAAAUAGACACUCAAGAACCAGUUCAGCUUGAGAGUUAAUAGGCUAGUAGGUUCCGAUAAAGCUAAUUAUACACAGGGAACUAUGAGACACAAUGCAGAAGGGCAGUUCAUUCGGUAGCGGCUGGAAUUUUCCUUUUGGCAUUCAUGAAACAGUCCCAUUGUUUUGUGCAAUAAUUGCACGAGGGACUGUACGAGUUACAUCAGUAGAGCAACGUGGACGUGUUGCAGGACGCCGCUCAGUCAGCGCUCACUGCAACAGACGGCUCAAAUGUCAUGAAGUUGAAAAAUGUGGGUCAUAACCUCGAACAGAACAGCCUUUCUGUGUUGUUUCCAGUGUUGCCCGUGUAUAAUUCUUACCAGAGGAAGGGGAAGUUGCUUGGCUCCUUAUUUUAGAGGUUUUAAAUGGUGACUGGCUGCAGUCCUGUGUGUCUGCUCUAUGGCUGUAAUAUUGCUGCUAAUGUAGAGAAAUGUCCAUUUUGUUUGUCCAGAUUUUAAAAUAUGGCCCAGAUUAGAUUUUUAUUGCCGGCCUCCUGUAGAAGAGAUGAGAAAGUAAUGUAUGUUCCAAACACCAACAUCAGCCGCCUUGUGUGCCUGCAUGCAUGCGGGUGUGUAUGUCUGGUCUAAAUAUGCACACAGGGUCCCAAACUAGCACCUAGCAAGUGCCAAAUGUUAGUGAGAUCUGUUUGUGGAAGACCGCUGGUGUUGAUGGCAGCGUUGUCAGAGAGCGACAUCGUAGUUGAUCAAUUUUAUCGCAUUUUUGUUGAACUUGAACUUUUGCAUCCAAUGUAUCAGUCAGUGAGCAAAUCUUAGAUUUUAUACACGACAUAGGGUGACUGUGAAAAAUGCAUAUUCAUUGUUAAACGGAGAACAUUUCUCACUUUACCAGCCCUGGGAAGGUGACUCAAAGAAAAUUUCCGACAUUGUAUAUGCAAUAAAUUUGUUUCGUUUGAGGGAUUGUAAAGACUGAGUCAGUCUGGCCGCCCCUGCUGUACGACUAUUUUACAUUGUUCUAACGUUUUCAUUGUGACUGUCAUAAACCUGAGCCUUGUUUUCAUUCCCAACAUGC